GCUGAAGGAGAAGAAUGAGGCGCUUGAGGGGGCGAAGGAGGCUCUUGGGAAGGAGAAAUCGGUUCUCGAACAUGAGAAAACUUGCCUCGAGAAGGAGAAGUCGGCUCUCGAAAAUGAAAACUCGACUCCCGGAACUGCACUGAAUAGGGUCGAGAAGGACAACACCCGGCUCAAGGACGCCUACAAAGCGCUGCUGGAGAAGGACGAUGCACGGGCGGAGGAGUAUGACAAGCUGUCUGAUGAGAACUCUGCACUUGAAAUUCGCCUUAGGAUGUUGGAGGCUGCGAAGCGGGAGGUGGAAAAGGAGCUUCGGUUGAUGACUGAGGAUUGUGAGCGGCAGGUCAGGGGUUGUGGAUGGGCUCGUUAAGGAAAAGGAAAGCCUUGCUGCCCAGGCUGAGGAGCUUACCCAACAGAACGGAACGCUGCGAGGAAAGAAUGCUGCGCUUGAGGAUGAGAAAGCGGAUCUUGAGAGUGAGAUUGGUGUUUUGCAAGGAAAUAAUGACAGCUGGAUGGAAGGGAAUAUUGAUAUUGGGGCUGCGAAUGCGAAGCUUGAGUUGGAUAAUGCGAACCUUGGUGCGGCCCUUCAAGGAUAUGAGAGGCCGAUUGGAAGGCAAAAAUGAGAUGGUUUCCAACCUCGAAAGGGACCUCACCAAGGUGACUGCUGACAAUUCGAGCAUUCGCAAGAAGUUGGACGAUGUGAAGAUGGGGCAGCGGGCUGCUAUGGAUGAUCUGCGCAGGGAGAAAGCCAAGGUGAUGGAGGCGGAGACAGAGCUAGAGGUGGUCAAGGCUAGGCUGGAGGAUGCGAACGCGACCAACGCCAACUUUAGCAAGACGGAAGAAGCCCUGAACGAUGUGAUUGUUGUGCUCCGGGGACGUAUCGCCAGACUGACUGAGGGGGCGGAGGACAACAAGUUGACUGAGCGGGUACUGCGGGCGGAAAUAUCCAGCCUUAAGUCGGAGCUACAAGCUCUGGAGGAGCAGAAGGAGGAGCUUCGCAGGUCAUUCAGGGAUAGUCAGAGUGCUCUCUCGGACAGCACUGAGAAGGUGUCAGCUCUGGAGUCUGAUGUUGUCAUGAGUAAUAAGAAGCUCGCCAUGGUCAAGAAUUCGCUCGCUAAGGAGAAGAGCGCCCGGGCGGAGCUUGUGGGUAACUUGAAAGAGGAGCACUCCAAGAGGAGAGAUGUCACUGCAGAGCUGGAACUUCUCAAAAAAUCGUCAAAAGCGAAGGUUGCGCCAGCGGGAAAGCGGUUGAACUUGGCCAACCAGAAGAUGAUUGACCUCGAGGAUGGGAUCAAGGCUGCUAGGAGGGCGGCUGCUGAUGCUGAGUCGAAGCUCGAUGAUGCCCAAGCCGAGAUUACUUAUCGUGACCGUCGCCUGGCGGCGGAGACGGACAGAUAUCAAAAGAAACAGGCCGAACUUGAGGAGGCUGAGAGGCGGGAGGAGGACUACGACCCUGAGCACCUCUACAAACAGCUCGAAGAGGAGAAAGCAAACCAUGCUGCGAGCGUCUCCCGUCUCGAGGACGAAGUUGCUGAUUGCGACAAGGAGUUGGCGGAGGAGAAGGCAAAUCAUGCCGCCAGCAUCGUCCGUUUCGAAGCUGAAGUUGCCGAACGUGAUAACGAGUUAGCUGAGGAGAAGGCAAGGCAUGAGCAAACAAUUGGCAGCGUGGAGGCUCAGAAAGCUAGCCACAUGGUUCCAAAGGGGGAGCUCUCGAGGGAGAUAGCAAACCAUACGGCGACGGCCAAUGCACUCACAGUUGAGCGGACCCAGCACCAGACAACGGCAAAGUUGCUUGCGACCGAGCAGUCGAACCACCAGAGUACAAGCAAAGCCCUCGCGGCCGAGCAGGCAAACCACCAGAACACCAUUAACGCCCUCAUGACGGAGCGGUCGAACCACCAGAACACAAGAACCGCCCUUGCUACGGAGCAGACGAACCAGAGGAACACGACCAAUUCCCUCGCGACUGAGAAGAUGAACCAGAAGGCGACCGCAGAUGCCUUAGCCGCCCGGCGGAAUGCCCACCAGCAGACGAUGAACUUCUUGGCAUCGGAGCAGGCAAAUCAUCGUAAUACAGCCAACUCGCUCUCGUCGGUGAAGUCACAGCUUAAAACGGCCAACAACACCAUCACUUCGCUGCGCGUCUCGGGUUCAAACGAGAAAUGUGUUGUCAUGAGCGGGGUGGAAAGGCUCAUGGAGCGUUACGGGAGACUCUUUGACAGGUACAAGAAUCCACUUCCUCGAAUUGGGAAAGACGUGGUACGACUGGCCGUACCCCGAAGGCUUGACCCAGUGGGCUAG